AUGGGCAAACUCGAGAAAAUCGGGCGGAGCAUUCUCAAACGGUUCGGAGGAGGUCGCCAUCGUCGCGCCGACGCCACAUCGUCCACAUCGUCCACAUCGAGCUCCGACGAGGAUUCGGUGACGUUGACGCCUCCGCCGGACACGACGUACAUUCACACAUUUCAAGUGGUGCCGCCGCCGGACGAGGUGGAGGAGCUCGAGCAUCCGGUCCGGGUGGGAUCGCCGGCGGCGGCCAGUGACGAAGGAUCCGCCGGAUACGCAACCGAUGAUACGGCGCUCAGCUCGCUGAGUCCGUUGGAUGUGAAGCGGACGAGCGUCGAUUAUUCGGAAUCGCAGGGCUACUACUCGACGGCCGAACUCUCGCCGAUCCCGAGGAUUGUUCUGGAAGAUUCCGAGCCUUCUCGCACUCCGUUGUACGUCAAAAAGGCGGCGGCGACGGAAUACCCGAGAGUGAAUGUGAAACCGAAUUUGAUGAUGUUGAAGAAAGACGAGCCCAUGUUCAAGAGCAGUCAGGCGUUGGCUUUUGCGAAGGACCGCGAGAGUUCGGAGGUUCCGAGGUUCUCGGGCAGAUCGGCGACGUUGUCGAAUCUGUCGGUGGAGCCCGACGAUCCGGUUGAGCGGUUUUUGAAGAACAGCAUCUACAAGACCAAGAUGAUCACGACGGUUUUCGAGGCAAAGGAUCGCGGUUUUGAGGUAUUUUCCGAGUUCAGAUGGCAGUCCAUACUUCCAAGCGCUACAAUACUUUUAUUAGUGAUCGUACAAAAACGGUGUCAACUACAAAAAUACACUAAAAGAUGUGAACUUUGAUUUUCUAGUUGACAACUUUCUCGUACGAGCACACAUAAAAGUAGUGUAGCGCUCAGAAGUUGUGGUGCGCUACAGCUGACAUGCUCAGGAAAUUUGCGGCGACGUGAUGCACGAGAUCGAUCGUUGGUUCGACGCGAAGAACAUGAUGGCGGUGGCGUGCGAGAUGCACUGGUCGGUGCCGCGAGAGAAGCGGUCCCGUCGGUUGGAGUGCCGGUAACGUGCCCCCCGCUCCUCUUGUUCGGAACUCUGAACGGAUAUUGUAGACUCAAGGAGAAACUGUUGAAUGCGCUCCGCGAGAACAACAAACGACUGCUGUAUCUUCGCGGAAUGGGCACCGGCAAGACGCCGAUCAAGUUGGCCGAAUCGAAAACAGUGGAGAACAUUUGCCGGGACCGCCACACCGAUUCGCUCAGAGGUUUGCCGUCGUGGCCGUGGCCUCGUGGCCUAGCAAUCCGUUUUGCAGGCGUCUACCAACGCAGCUACACACGUCUUCUACCGUAUCUUCACAAAGAGACGCCCGAGUGGCACUCGCAGUACUGGACCCUCCAGGAUCUUCAACAAGAAAACGACGGUGCCACGAAUCGAUCGUCGGAUCCGUCCCCAACCCAACACAACUUUUUCUUCGGCUCCGAGCCGUCCGAAGUGCUCUCCGCCAACUCGUUCAUUUCUCUGAAUAUCAUCGGUCUGAGCAUUUUGGGCAAUUCCCGAAAAUCCUGUGGAUCGCUCUUUUUGAAGGACUAAAAUUGAAGCAUUGAACCGGGUCUUUUUGUGUAAAUAUAUUGUGUAAUAAAGCGUUUCUACUUCUCUUCUCUGUUUUGUGUGCAAGCACUAGAACAUUUUGAGCAACAAAAAAAAGCGUUUACAGCUGCUCGUGACGGCUACAAGUUCCGAAGACGAGGCGCUGACGACGUCGACACUUUUGAAGGUGCUCGUGGAGAAUUUGGACGAUAAUGAGCCGACGUUUUUGGAGGUAUACAACAAUACAGUUGCACACAUUUUUGCUCUCAUUUCUCAACUACUCGCAGGGCUCGUCGCCACUCUUCCAAAUCGCGCGCAACACCUCGAAAGCGACAGCGAUCGGCCGUCUGAGCGCCUUCGAUUCGGACGCCACACCCGUCUACUAUCAUCUUCUGCCGACGUGCGGCUCGCCGCAAAACUUUACGAUCGACGCCGAAUUCGGAGAGAUUGUGUAUCGUCCGUCGACGAGUACGGUGCGUGAUGACGUGGCACUCCUCGAACUGUGCGUCGUUGCCACGUCAUCACAAAAAGAGCCCGAUUUGACGGAGGUGUUUUUCGAUGCGACCGCACGAAAUAUGCGCAAGGUCGGCGUGCAUUUUGUCGCCGAAUCUGGUGAAAAUCCGAUGAUGACGCGCGCGCACAUUUUCGGAAAUCAAUCGAUAACUCGGGUGGGCGACGUGCUCGAUCGGCUCGAGAUUCCGAUAUCUCUGAAUGAAGCGCCGACGGUCGAGUACACGCUGCAAGACCUGAAAUUCGUACCGUAAGCGGCGCUUUUCGAGACGCUCUCUCUAGAAAAUGGUGCAUUUUCAGAGCGAACUACGAGCUCGGCCGCGACAUUCUCUCGCCGCAAGGAUCGGUGGAGUUGAACAGAAGGACUGGCGAACUCGUGGCCAAUUCCAACAUUUUGGACACCCCGCAGGGCGUGUACACCGCCCGAAUCGAGCGUGGCCGAGCCAAUUCCGCUGUGAAACAGGUAAAAACGGGUUGGCACGGCUUCGAAACACGUUGCAACCUCACAAAGUGUUCUAGUGCAACUUUUCCGUCAAAUUCUGGUUGCAAACAGUUGCAAAACUGUGAUUUUUGCGUUGCGAAGUGUCCUCAACCACUUUGUUCAUAAACCUAUACAUAGUUGCAAACUGUCAUUGUAGGACACUUCGCAACCAAGACCUCUCCUCAUUUUUCCAGUUGCAUCACAUUCGAAACGAGCGAAAACUGCGCUACGUGCUCGCAAUGUCUCGCAACGAAUUCGGCGCCAAUUCCGACAAACUCCGUCGUCAAAUCGUGGAGGCGGUCGCAGAGUCCGAUCAUUUGGACGUCUUCUUCGACGAGCCGAUGAUGGACGAGAGGAAUUCCACGUGGUAGGCAUCUAUUUGACUUUAAAGUGCACUAGUUUUUAACCGUUUUCAUCAUACAACAAUAUCGCCAAUUUGCAGGACGUCGGUGUGCUUCUACCUGACUCGCGACAAUGCGAUCCUCGACGCCAAGCAGAUGACGUCACUAAUCUCGAGUUCCAAUGGCCAUAUCGCGAAACUUCAUCACAUUUUCAAAGUGGUCAAUAUCGAUUCGUGUGCUCCUUCUUCUUCUUCUUCUUCUUCUUCGUCUUCUUCUUCGUCUUCUUCUUCUUCUGGAAGCCCUUCUGAUAUGCCCCUCAACACGCUGAUCUUGAUCGGAGUCGUCGGACUUCUCAUCGUUGCCCUCGUCGCCCUACUCGUUUUCGUGUGCUGUCUCUCCAGAUAUCAACGCUAUUUGGCAGUGAAAAGCGAGCGAAUGAGGGCUAAUUCGUCGGCCGGAACCUAUUAUAAAAGCCCGAAUUUGAUACCGCCACCACCGCCCGGAUACAUGUGAGUCGAUUCAAAGCAGUGUAUCUCAGUUGCGGGUAGACGUAUCAAAAACUUGUCAACUAGUAAAAUGUGCACAAUUUCAACAUGAACAAUUUGUUAGUUGACCAGUUUUUGAUAUCUUCACAGGCCACUGAGAUUUAAUGUCUUGAAGCUAAAGGUUGCUCAGACAAAUUGAAAAUAUUUGCAGCCACACUCCGCCACCAGCAGCUAUUGCUUUUUACUGA